GCCGCCGUUUUUAUUUAUAAUUGUCGUCGAAGAGCUUUGAAGAACGGGAGCGGCUGCAAUUUGUCAUCAAUAAGUUUGUCUAAUUGCUGUGACAAAAUAUAUUUCAUAAUUUAGUAAAAAAUAAUCGUGUAGACUGCCCAGAGUCCGCGAUUGCUUGUGUUACUUUUUUGUAUUCUAAUUGUUUACGUCUGAAUAAUAAUGACUGAAAGAUUUACAUUCGGAGGUUCUGUAGCCCCGAUAACCUGUCAUGCUUGGAACAAAGACAAGACACAAAUUGCUCUGUCGCCAAACAACAAUGAAAUCCACAUUUACAAAAGGGAUGGCAAUGAUUGGAAAUUGAUGGACAUUUUAAAUCAGCACGAUUUGAGAGUAAUGGGGAUUGACUGGGCCAAAAAUACUAACCGUAUUGUAAGUUGCGCCGCCGAUCGUAAUGCCUACGUAUGGCAACAAAGUGAAGACGGGAAGUGGAAACCAACGUUGGUUUUGUUGCGUAUUAAUAGGGCUGCAACAUGCGUCAAGUGGUCUCCUGCCGAGAAUAAGUUUGCUGUUGGUUCUGGAGCUCGUCUUAUAUCUGUAUGUUAUUUCGAAUCUGAAAAUGAUUGGUGGGUUUCCAAGCAUAUAAAAAAGCCUAUUAGAUCUACCAUAACAUCAUUGGACUGGCAUCCAAACAAUGUUCUUUUAGUGGCUGGGUCUACCGACUAUAAGGUGCGUGUUUUUUCUGCAUAUAUUAAGGACAUUGAAGAUCAACCGACUCCAACUCCUUGGGGAAAUCGUAUGCCGUUGGGCAACUUGAUGGCUGAGUUUAAAAAUUCUUCUAGCUCAGGAGGAGGAUGGAUUAAUAAUGUCAGUUUUUCUAGUGAUGGUAACAAAAUCUGUUGGGUGGGGCAUGAUAGUUGCAUUAGUGUAGCAGAUGCUACGAACUCAAAUAAUGUAAUUCGUUGCAAAACAGAAUAUUUACCGUUUUUGGCUUGUGAAUGGAUAUCUCCAGUGUCUAUUGUGGUUGCUGGACAUAGCUGUAUACCUUUGGUUUAUGGACUGCAAGAUGAAAAACUGAUUCUUAUUAGUAAGUUGGACAAGUCUCAGAAAAAGGAGUCUAGUGGUAUAUCAGCAAUGCGGAUUUUUCAAUCUCUUGAUCGAAAUUUGCGAACUGAAAAUUCGGAUACCUUUGUCGAUACUAUCCAUCAGAAUGCCAUAACGUGUAUUCGACUCUACACUGGUGAAAAGCUAGAUUGUACACGAAUAAGUACUUCAGGAGUAGAUGGUCAGUUAGUCAUAUGGGAUAUUGACACAAGUGUUAUAAAUUCCAUGAAUAAUCUAAAAAUCUAAAGUAUUAAUUUCUUUGGCAAUAAUUGAUGUUGAUUUAAUAAAUGAAGCUAAAUAAAAACAUA